AUGUCAUUCCGUGGCUUCGAUCCGACGCGAGACGUGCCCAGUCUCGAGGGCAAGGCUGUGCUCGUCACGGGCGGUACGUCAGGACUGGGGCGGGAGACAGUGCUGGAGCUGGCGCGCCACAGACCGGGGCACGUCUUCUUCACGGGCCGGAACCGCGAGGCGGCGAGGUCGCUCAUCGAAGAGUGCGCGCCGCAUUUGCUGCCUGUGGCUCUCGAUGGUGGCGAUAAUGAAGGUGAGACGGAACCGGAGAACGGCGACAGAACAAGCAACGGUCGAGGCCACAUCAGCUUCAUCGAGUGUGACCACGCCUCCCUGACGAGCAUUGCUGCCGCAGCCGAGACCAUCCUCACGCUCACCCUUCGCCUCGACAUCUUCGUCGCCAACGCCGGCAUCAUGGCCACGCCGCCAGGCCUCACCGCCGACGGCCUCGAGGUGCAGUUCGGCACCAACCACGUCGGCAACGCGGCGCUGCUGCUACGCCUCCUGCCGCUCAUGCUGCGCACCGCAUCCAUCCCCGGCGCCGACGUGCGCUUCGUGAGCGUCACGUCACUGGGAUACUUUGCGCACCCGGCGCGGGGCAUCGACUUCGCGGCGCUGACGACGCCCGACGGGGGCACCGGGGGCCGCCCCGGGGGAGCAUGGACGCGGUACGGGCAGAGCAAGCUGGCCAACAUCCUGCUGGCGGGGGAGCUGCGGCGGCGGUACGGCGGGCGCAUCGCCAGCGUGGCGGUGCAUCCCGGGACGGUGCGCACGGAGCUUGUGUCUCGGCUGGGCUUCUGGAAUAGGAUGCUCGUGUACGUGACGAACCCGCGGGGGUUGCUGAGCCCUCGCGAGGGGAGCUACGGUAUCGUGUGGGCGGCGGCGGCGGCGGACGUGCGGGACAAGCUGGCGGCUGCGACGGAGGGAGCCGGUGGCGGAUCGAAGGGGAGGGGGGCGUUCUUCGGGCCCGUGGGCGUGCCGGACGCGGGUGAUGCCAAGUGCUGGGACGAGGAGCUGGCGCGGGAGCUGUGGGAAUGGACGGAACGAACAGUCGGGGUCGAGUCGCCGCCAGCGUGA